AUGGGAGCAAUACUGAAUGUCACGUGCUGUGAGUUCCGUCAACCACAUGGCAAGGAUCUAUGGAUACGAUACAACGGUUUGCAACUGUUAAAGGCACACACCUUUGGUAGAGUCGACAACCUCAGCUGGCUAGAAUUGCAGAACAAUCAUCUAACGACUCUACCAGAGGGUUUGUUUGAAGCGUCGACUGAAAUCGGAAAGUUGAUCAUAGCAGAAAACUACCUAGUUUUUCUACCAGAGAAUCUGCUAGUCAACACAACAUUAACUGGAGUGUUCGACUUGAGCUCCAAUCGCCUCCCAUCCAUCCCUGAUGGCUUAUUUCGCAAUCAGACUAAGCUAAGGAAACUCUACAUGCAACGCAAUCAAAUCAGGGUCCUCAACAGAGCGAUGUUCAACGAUCUGCACUCUCUAGAAGAACUAUUCGCAUUUGGCAAUCCUCUCGUAGAGAUACAAGCCGGGCUUUUUUAUAACACACAGCUUAUAAAUAUAUACAUGUUCCAAAACAAUUUCUCAUCGAUUGGAGAGAGGCCAUUUGCCACUGUCAAUAACACGAUCAAGCAGGUAUCGCUGUAUGACAGUCACUUAAAAAAUAUUUCCGAUGCCGUAUGGCAAGAUUUGGGUAUUAACGCUUACGUGGCUGUUGAUAAUACCCUCCAGUUUGCGCCUGCCACUAAUCGGACUGACCUGAAAAUCGAACAGGUUGGUGAUGGGUUCGCCUUACCGAUACUUGUAUCGAGGACAAUUGCACUUUUCUUCAAUAAAUCUGGAUUCUCCUGUUCAAAAUCUGUCUACAAAGAUGAUUUCUGGCAAUGUGUGCCCUGUGCCCAAGGAUAUUAUGGAGAUCCAUGGAGCAACGUGUGUAAAGCAUGCCCACCCGGAGGCUAUUACCAAAUCAAGACUGGAAAAGUAGCCGACAUAUCACAACCCAUCAAGUGUCAAAAAUGCAACAAUGGAACCUUCGUCACCCCAGCUGCUCACCCUGGUAUCAGCCCUGCAGAUUGCACGGUGUGUCCUACAGGUACCAAUAAAAGUCUCCACGCAGGGUUCCGCGCAUGCUCUUGUCUUGAUAAUUACUACCGCAAAGAUCGGUUUGGUGAGUGUUAUCCUUGCCCAGACGAAGGUCUCAACUGCUCAGAGGAGUAUCAACACCUCUUACCUGGAUUCUGGUGGACGUGGGACUGGGGUUCAAACAGCAACUACGAAGCUUAUCAACAUUUCGUUGUCAACAUUAGAAACAGAAGUGAUUCUUACAAUAGCAACACUCAGCAGUUUAGGGGAGUUUUGCCUAAGGUGCACCCGUGUCCACGUAAGGAGUCUUGUUUGAAUGAAGGUGAUGGUAUCAAUGUCACCUGUGAGGUUGGCUAUGAAGGUUGGCUUUGCUCUGAAUGCUGUAAGGGGUUUUAUGCAAGCUUUGAUAGUUGUAAUGAGUGUCCGCAGUGGUGGUGGUUCUUACUUGAAAUCGUUCUUUUGUUGGUCGUGUUGGCAGUGGUAAUAGGCUUCAUCGCUUGGGAUGUGCGGAGAAACCGAAGAGAAGGACGGUCUGCCGUUGAUGUAAUAUUUGCUAGAGGGAAAAUCUUGCUGGGUUUCUAUCAGGUAAUGGGCGAGAUAUUCUCUGCUCUUGACGAGAUUCCCUGGACGAAUAUUCUGAGAAAGUUUGGGUCAUUUUUGAAACUACUGGAGAUGAAAAUUGUCCUACUGGUCAUCAGUCCCCGCUGCUACUUUCCAGACUUCACCUACCGCAAUGUGUACAUUGAGUAUUUGUUUGGGAUGAGCUUCGUUGCGUUCGUUGUGUUGGCAGCACUGUGCGUCUAUUGGGUCUCAAAAUGCUACUUGGCGGUCAAGAAAUGCACUGUUGAAAAGCGUGACAAGGUUUUGUCAACUACAAGGCAGAUAUGUAAUCUGUUUGUUGUUAUGCUUCUCUUUGUGUCCUAUCCUGGCUUAUCCGGUGUUAUCUUCACCCUCUUGCCUCCUGGCUGCGACCAGUUCUAUCUAGAUGAGAACGAGACCUACAGUACUACGAGACUUCGAUCCGAUUACUCUAUCGACUGUCAAGACGAGCAGUAUGUUCAUUUCAGCCAUGCUGCCGAGGCUUCUUCUGUCUGCUAUGUUGGUGGCUUUCUGUUCUUGCUGUUAAUACUUCUGUGGAGAAGCAACAUACAAGACAAGAGGAAGAAAUCGCAGGAGCAGCCUUCGCGUGAAUCAUCGGUAGAUGAUCUGAGUAACCACAGCAUCAAUGUUACAAAUGUCCCUAUGCUACCAAUAAAUGAAGAUGAUUCCACACUUAAUCAAUCAGGCACCAACCUCCUAAACCCAAACCAGCAAAGUGAGAACGACAUCAGCUGGAAAAGUUUCCUCAGUGGCAACUAUAAAGCAGAGUUCUGGUACUGGGAAAUUGUUGAGCUUUUCCGCAAGGUCACCCAAACGCUGUUUGUGCGGAUUUUAAGCCCAGCUGAUCCUUUAACCAUGUUUGUAACCAUCGUCAUAUCUGCUGGGUUCCUGUUCUUACAUGCACGUGUGACACCGAUGAAACAUGCCGCCGAUAACCGUCUACAGAUGUGUUCCCUGGCAGCAAUCUUCCUGAGUCUCCUGACAGCUACUGUUCUCCUGUCUCCUACUGGAGGUGGCACAACGAGAACUGAAGUUGCUGCGGUUAUCAUGGAUCUGCUGAUCUUAAGCAUCGUUGUGUUUGUCAUAGUAAGUCUUCUCUGGAUGUUGAUGAAGUUCUUAUGGCGCUCUGGGUACUGUGGUGGUAUGGCAACAUGCAUCCGCAAUGUCCGUUGGUGGUGCUGUCGACACGAGUCACUGGACAGGGAAGGCACAGGCAGACUUCUUGUGGAGAACAGCAUGGCAGAUCAUUCCCUUGAUGUUGACGAAGAAUAUGUGGAAAGGCCUUACGGAGAUAUCAUAUCAGAACAUCAGGCGGUUGAGUAA